AUGAUUGAUUUACUACUUGACUUCCAUUCAGCCUCUCUGGCUGAACAGAUAGCAGAUAAACCCAAGAGGUCUGCUCUGAACCAACUCACCAGGACCCUCCUGCAUAAAUACAACUGUGGAGUCAGACCUGUUCAGAACUGGACCAGUCCCACGCUCAUCCACAUAGACCUCAUAAUGCAGUCUGUGCUUGAUGUGGAUGGAAAGACCCAGCAAGUAACCACAAGCAUUUGGUACCGGCAGAUCUGGACUGAUGAGUUCUUGGUGUGGGAUCCCGAGGAGUUUGACGGGAUCACUGAGAUCUCUCUGCCCUCUGACGCUAUAUGGGUGCCCGAUCUCAUCAUCAGUGAAUUUCAGGUGGUGUCUGCGUGUGACUUGGAGUUGUACGCCUUCCCCUUUGACAAGCAGAGCUGCACUCUGACCUUCCGCAGCUGGCUUCACUCAGUGAGUGAGGUUAACCUGACUCUGUGGAGGAGUGCGGAGGACAUGGACGAUGAUCAGAAGUCGUUUAUGGAUGAUGGCGAGUGGGAGCUGAUGUCUGUGCCCUCCUGCUACUGGCAGCUCCGGCUGGAUGGCAGAGACUACGCCCACAUCCAGUUCAACGUGUUGAUCCGCCGGCGCCCCCUGCUGUACGUGGUGAGUCUGCUCAUCCCCAGCAUCUUCCUCAUGGUGGUCGACGUCAUCAGCUUCUACUUGCCGCCCAACUGUGGCACGCGCAUCACCUUCAAGACCAGCAUCCACCUGGGCAACACUGUCUUCAGGGUAAACCUGAUGGACGAGAUGCCUGCCACCACCAUCAGAACACCACUCAUAGGUAUCAUACACCAGCUCCUCUCCUCAUCUUUGUUUCAAAUGUUCUCUCAUAUUGUUUGA